AUGUUUUCGGAAGACCACCAUCACCAUCAUCGUCAUUGCCAUCAUCAGCAGCAACAGCAGCAGCAGCAGCAGCAACAAACUCAAGCUCAAGCUCAGGCUCAGACUCAGACUCAAAUGGCUCAACAACAACAACAGCAGCAGCAGCAGCAGCAACAACAACAACAACAAGAACAGGUGUCUUUGUCGUCGCCAUCAUCACAGCCACUGGCUUCUACUACGACGACUACUACUUUAGCUACUGCUUCAGCUGCUGCUUCAGCUACAGCGUUAGCUUCAGCUUCAGCUUCAGCGUCAGCGUCAGCAUCCAACCAACGGGAAGGAUCCACUGUUACUGCGUCCAGGGUCGAAGAGCUGGACCCUACAACGGAUCCUCGUCUUCACCACCACCACCACCACAUUCACAUCCACAAGCACCCCCAUUUUAAACAGCCACACCACUGCCAGCACCACCAGCACCACGCACCACAACCGAUGAUGAUGCAGCCCACGGCAACCUCCCAGUUUAGACAGGUUUGCUUCAACCCCAUGACGAGUCAAAAGACACACCAAAACACAGUGAUAACGCCCUCGUCGACACCUUCAAACACAGUCCAGGUGUCUCCAACGUCCCAUUCCCCGCUGGAACUCUCCACCACCACCACCAAUGGGAGCCAAAAACGCUUAUCUUCUUCAUCAACAGAUUGUAGCAAAAGGCUAAGAUUAGACACCGGACACCACUUGGCUACCGCUAUUCCCUCCGAAGACGUCGAAAUGACUGUUGCUACUACCACUUGCUCUCCUUCUUCGUCAUCAAGCUCAGCAACACCGGCAAAUACAUCAACUACAAUAACAAAUACACACCAAAACCCAACUAUAAUCACCACCACCACCACCACCAAUACUCCAACACCAACAAAUAGUGCUUCUGCCACUGCCACUAGCACAACAGCAGGAACCACCACCCUACCACCACAGACCAACAUCUCCAAAACACCCAAAUUCAUUCGUAAAUUUAGGUCCCGGUCAUUACCGAUUAUCCAUUUCAGCAACCCAAACUCGGCCAUUUUCCCCAGUAUAAGGAAAAAGCAAAACCUUUACCAACCAAAUACUGCAACUUUAUCCAAAAAGGAAGCUGCUGCUGCUGCUGCUGCCUCCGCCGCUGCCGCCGCUGCUGCAACUUCAUCAUCAUCAUCAUCUUCUUCUUCGCAUUCCUUAUCCAAUGCAUCAGCCAAUGUUCCUCCUUUACCACCAAUCAAUUUGCAAUCACUCAAGGAAAUUGACCUUCACGAAAUUCUCAAAAACCCUCAACUACGCCACGAUAUCUUGUUUGACCCGCAAUUACAAUUUAGACCCAACUUGGAUGGCGAACGUGGCAAGAGAAAGAAAUCAAUCAUUGACAAGUAUUGGAUGGAAAUUCAAAAAGAAUGUCAGCAGUUUUUCAACCAGGAGACCAAACGGGAAAUCAAGAUUAAUCGAUUACCUAUAUUAUUCACCACCCUCCGAGACAUUCUCUUGUCGCUUCUUCCAACAAAAGAUCGCCAGCAAGUAAAUGAAAUCUUGGAUAUCGAAUUAUUGGUGCAACAAUUGAAACAUGGCUCAUUUGAUUUUGUUGAUAUGAGCAGGUGGUUGGGCGAUGUCUUUAAACUGCACUGUGCCCCAAUGAGAGACUCAUGGGUAUUGGAAAUGAACCAAAAAUUUAUCGAUGCAGCAACUUACAAUAGCGUUUCCUAUUUGGUUGGCGGCUUGCGCAUGAUUUUCCAAAUCUUGGAAGCCAUGAAGUUGGAUGUUGCCAACCACCAGAUUAGAAUCCUUCGACCUGUGCUCAUUGAGACUGCAGUUGAGUUUGAGCGUGACUACUUUCAAACGUUGAUCAACCACCACAAGAUCAACAUUAACGAUUCCCUCAAUUGGUUCUACAAGAAGCUCAUCAAGAAGAGAUCUGAAGCAAAUGAAGAAUCGAUGGAGAUUGACGAAUAUACACUUAAACCAAUGAUUAUCAGCUCCAUCACCGAUUUGUUGAGUUGCCGUCAAAUGGCCACCGAGUUCCCACUGACGUUGACUUUUGACCACACGAGGCUAGUCUUGCUCCGAGCAGAUGUUCGUCAAUUGGUGUGUGUUCAAUUGUGCGUCUUUCUCUACAAGCAGCAAGUGGUUAACUCCAAGUCCUCCACGAGUUUGCUUACCCCAGCCAAUAUCGCCAAAGUCCAACAAGAGAUUCUUGCAAUUGUUACUGACGAUAACGGCAACAUCAAGUGGACCAAAAACAUCAAUGCCAUCUCAUUGCAAUUGGUCAAGAACUUGUACCCUGCAUCAGCUGUUCCCGUCAACCUCCCACAAUCAUUGAUUGAUUUUAACCACAAUUGGCUAAUGAAACACAUUCAACCAAACUCACAAGUUUACGGGUUGAUGGAAAUCAAGAUUUUCAAAGAGUUGAUUUCAGAAAUACUCAAGAUUAUCGAGUCUGACGAAUUUGAAAAGGAAGCAGCUAAUAGCAGCUCGUUGCAGUCUACUAUUUCAGCCAAUGGUACCGCUGUUGCUACUACAGCUACAACAUCGGCAUCAUCAUCAGCGGCAGCAGCACCUCAACCUCCAACGGAAAUGAAGAAUAUUGCUCAAAGAAUAGCAACAUUGGUGAAGUUCCAUUGGAACGUGUUUGGUGCUUACUACUUUGAUUACAUCAAAUCUCAAUUCACCAAACUCCAGUUGAAGCAGCAGCAGGAAAAGGAGAGGCAAUCACUCAACAAGGCAGGUGAUACCGAUAGCAUCCUCACCAUUGACUCGCAAGAUGACUCUGACCCAACUUCAACUUCAACCGAGACUAGAACCGCCCAAGUCAAUGCACAUAGACCAUCAAACGAAGGCGAAAGCAAUAUUGAAAGUGCCUCUGCUCCACUAAGCAUGCUUUCGUGA